UAGAAGUUUAUAGAAAUUACCAAGUUAGAUUCUCCCCCUUUUUUCUUUUGCAUUUAUAUAAUUUUAUACAAAUACAAAAACAAACACCUACAUAUAAUAAAGUGUUAUGUAAAUUCCCCUUUUAUUUUCUUACUAUAGACUCCUUCUUCUAACAUUUAUAAAAACUGAUCCAUUGGAACUGUAUCUUACGUUUAUCUCGUUCUUCUCUUUCUUUACAUAAUCAUGUCCCAUUUAUUAACUACAAGAAGCCAAAAAAAACAAAAUAGGUUUGGAUCCUAUAAUUUGCUACAGACAUUAGGCGAAGGUGAAUUUGGAAAAGUUAAGCUAGGUGUUCAUGUGGAAACAGGCCAAGAGGUAGCGAUAAAGUUGAUUAAGAAAGAUUCAGGAUCAGAAAAUUAUAUCAGUAAAAUAGAAAGAGAAAUCUCAGUACUCAAAACUUUGAAUCAUCCUUAUAUUGUAAAAUUGCUUGAUGUUGUUGAAACAGAGAAAUACAUUGGUAUUAUUCUAGAAUACGCCUCAGGCGGAGAACUAUUUGAAUACAUUUUAGCACAUCGAUACCUAAAAGAAAAGGAUGCAAAAAGAUUCUUUGCUCAACUUAUAAGCAGUGUUCAUUAUAUGCAUAAACGCAAAAUCGUUCAUCGAGAUUUAAAGUUAGAAAACAUCCUUCUUGACAAGAAUAGAAAUAUUGUAGUCACUGAUUUCGGGUUUGCCAAUCAAUUUGCUUCUGCUGCAGACGAUUUAAUGGCCACAACCUGUGGUUCGCCUUGUUAUGCUGCACCUGAACUUGUAGUAAAUGCUGGACUAUAUGCUGGUUCAGCAGUAGAUGUAUGGAGCUGUGGUGUUAUUCUUUAUGCUAUGCUCUGUGGAUUUCUUCCUUUUGAUGACGAUCCAUCUAACCCAGAUAGUGACAAUAUCAAUCAGUUGUAUCGUUACAUUCUAUCAACACAUCUUAUGUUUCCUUCUUAUGUGGGCGCAGAGCCAAGAGACUUGCUCGAAAAGAUGCUUGUUCCAGACCCUGCUAAGCGCUGUUCACUCGACUAUGUCAUCAAACACCCUUGGCUCGACAAAUAUCGAUCGUUUCUCGAAAAAGAUGCUGUGCAGAUCGAAGCAGACGGUACACUAACGAAUGCCUCAGAUGUAAAAUCAAGUUUGAUGAUCAGCAGCAGUAUAUCUACUUCUUUGCCUAUAAAAAGAACAGUAACGACCACCAGAAAGACACAUAUUCCAAUGAUCAAACGAGACCACUUUGCUCCUGUCAUGAACGAAAAAUACCUCGUACAAUCAGAAGAACCCAUGAAGAGCAAUGCAUUAAAGUACUUUUCCAUUGGCCGAUCCAAUGCUACGGCUAAUGUGAUUCAUGCUUCUUCCAAGGUACCUCAGUUUAUUUCCCGAAAGGCAGUUAAGAACGACUCAGCUAUCACUGUCACUUCAACCGAAUCAGUUGAUAUAGAUACAUUUGUCAAUCCAGAACGAUCUUUAUCUUCACCUUCUGUGGUUGAAAGCAAGUUUUCUACAUUUGGCAGUGUACGCAAAAGUCAACGUCGUGGAACAGAAAAGCUUUUAAGCUUUUUUGCUGGAAAGCCAGCACAACUUCCAUUGAACACCAGUUCAACGCCUGAAGAAAUAGAGAAAGAGAACAAACAAGAUGACGAAGAGGAAGGAGAUGGUGAUGACAAUGAACCAAUCAACCCCGCAGCGAAUAGCACAUUCAUGAAGAAAGCACAGAAAAGUCUUGUUCGUCAAGAAUCCAAGACAACACAGGAUUCUUCUUCUCAUCUAGACGAUUGUUCUAUUGAGCAAAUGAUGCCACCCAAAAAAGAGGCUCGAACAGAAUUAACUCUAUCUACAAAAGAACCUAUUCAGAAUAGUUCUUCAAUGAAUCAGGACGAAAAGCCUAUUGAGCAACACAGUAUCAUCAGUGCAAUAUCCAAUCACAACACAGCUUUAGUCACGAGCAGUGUUGUAUCAUGUAAAGGUGUGUCCAAAUCAGAGCAAGAGGGCACGGCACAUCUUGAUGUGAGUAAUGGCAGCGAGUCUUCUAUAGUAUCAGAUUCAAUUGCCAAUACAUCAUUUUCAUCAGCAAGUAUUCCUGCUUCUCCUGCCCCUCCUGCUCCUAUGGGCCCUUCUGCUUCAGUCCGCCUAGGUGAUAGUGGAAGGAAAGCCAUGGCAGCUGUACGACGAAGUAUUUACAGAAAGCAUAGAAGCCAGCCUCCUCAAGAAGUUCAUGUUUCGUUUCCUAAAAGUCGAUUUGAAGAAACGGAUGCACCACAGGAACUAUAUCGCCCUCAACGAAACACUUGGUCUGCUUCUCCAUCUGAGAUGAAAGAACCUACAGCGCCUAAGAAGACUGGUCAGAAAAUGAUGGAUUGGAUUAAAAAGAAAUCUCAUGUCAAAGAAGCCAAAAAGGAAACAGUUACUCCCAAUCUAUCAUCUCAGCUUUUAAACAAAUCAAAAAAAAUCAAUUUGAGUACACAUCACAGAAAUCGGACAGUUCAUGUCCAGGAAACCAUAGAUCCUGUAGCUAAACCGAAAGAAAUUUUGGUCAUCAAAAACAGCAGCAAAGAUAUUAAAUCCAUCUUGUCUUCUACUGCGAAUACUGUUAAAGUGAAUGAUACUGUUAGAUUUAAAACUCAGUAUCAACAAGAGCCUGUCAAAGAAAUCAUUCAUGUGCCCGAACAAGGCACUAUUGGAAGAAGAAACCCAUUGAGUGGAAGCGAAUCAGCCCUGGUAGACUUGAGCAAGCAAGAAAUCAAGCAGUCCAUGGAUGAUCGCCUUCAAUUUCAUCAAGGUGCUAUUGACCGUACUGCAUUAACGUCCAAAUCACCUUUGAUUGUUAUGCAAGAUAUUUCACGUAUUUUGCGUAUUUUAGGCAUUGAUACUAGAGUAGAAAAUGACUUCAUCAUCAAAUGCACACGACGCAAGGCAAAAUCUCACAAAACAGCGGAUAAUAGCUCUGAACAAAUCACAACGGAUACAUCUUCUGACUCUUCGCUCGAAGUAGUCCGAACUCAGGGCACAGAGCCUAUCUAUGGCGAUGGAUCCAUUGAUACGGGCGAAGAAAUACGAUUUGCAGUAGAAAUGUGCCGUAUCAAGAAUCUUCCAGGAAUAUAUAUAGUAGAUGUUCGUCGCAUCAAGGGUAAUGCAUGGACAUAUAAAUUCUUGUACCAUAAGCUCAUUGAUUUCCUGGACUUGGCAAAGGAUGGCUACAUUCAAAAUGAAUAAAAUUUAUAAAUUCGCAAGUCACUCGUGACGUAGCUACAAUGAUCCAAUCAGGCAUCGUAAAUUAGAAAAAAAUUUGAGCAAGAAAUCCACCAU